ACCCUCUGGGAUGCUGGAGUGAUACUUCUGGGGCAACCUGCUGGAUUCUCCAUCAGCUGUUUCAGACCUGCUGUGUGACCCAGCAGCUGCAGUGAGUGGUGGCUCCAAACCUCUAUUCAUCAGAAAUUUUGACACUCAGCAGUUGCUCUCGAUAAACAUACCCUGUGUGAAAUCUGAGAUCCUGUACCAUGUACCAGCCUAGUUUUGUGCCACGGGAGUAUUACCCAACUGUAAUCCCACCUUCUGCCUACACCUACCCACUGCUGCGGACUGGGAGAGCUGAAGACAUGACCAGUUCUGUGAUGUUCCCUCCCAUCCACAUGCACAACUUCUACAGCCGACCCAUCACCUUUGUGGCAGACCGGAAUGGCUACCCUGACUACAUGGGAGGUCAGGUGGAGUAUCAUCAUCUCUACAGUGCCUCCAAUCCCAACUUCCAUCCAUACUACACCUGGCACUUCUCUCCUCCUGUGGUCCCCAUCCCUCUCUACAAUCCCUAUGCAAACUACAAUCCUUAUGCUGCCUACCAGAGGUCAGAUCAGUAUCGAGACACAUGGCCAGAAGGCUUCACGAUGAGAGGGGAACUUCAAUGGGGGAAGCUUGGAAAGGUGUUUGGCCCAAGGAAAGACCUCCCAGAAUUUGUGAAGGAUGAUCUCCGGAGGGUAUAUGGCACCUACCCACGGACCAACAUCUCCAUAACCUACCGGAAAGGGGAGUUCUUGGUCAAGGGAGACCCAAAGGUAGGAGAGCAGGAAUAUGCAGUGGAAAAAAAAGUCAUCCAGCAGGCUGCAACACCCAGUGCCAGUGAGGCAGAUGACAGCAGUGAAGACCGGAACCGAAAGAAGAAAAAGAAACUGAGACAUUGAUGUAGUAAGUCUCACUGGAUGGAUAGAUGCUCCAGAACCCUUGAGAGAGUGAGUUGGCAGCUGGUUUUGGUGCAGCUGGCAAGUAACACAAGCAAUGGAUACCACCAUUUCUGUUGGCUUUUAACUGCAUCCUGUCCUCCACAAACUUACGGCAGCUUUACACUGUUUGAGGCACUAUACCCACCCUGGGAAGAAAUCACAUAGCACCUGACUUUUUUGGAUCUGCUCUUUUGUCCUGGUUUUGAAAUGAAUGUUUGAUUGCCACUGGUUUGGUUUGAGUAGUCACAGUCUUGUGGGGGACUUUCCAGACAGCAGCCCUUGAAUAGAAGAUGGACCUCUUCCUACCCUAUCCAAGGGAAAGUUCUGGAAGCCAGCCACCUUUCUGGCACUCAGUUAAGGAGACCAAAGUGGGUUUUCCUCCAGACUGGAGUAACACAGAUCCCAGAAGAGAGAGCAGCUCUUGAACACUAAAGAGCAAUUAUCUGCAUGUUUAUGUGCUUAAUCACUGUGUGAAGCCUGUAUGCAGCACUUCCCUACACACUGGCAGAAGAUCCUGGUGUCCCCAUCCUCUUACACUUGGUAACCUGGUGCUCAGUUCUCUUGGUUCCAUAUGUCCUUGCUGACACUGCUGCUUGAGGUCCUGCUCUGGGUUUGACUUGGCUCUGGUUGGAGGUGCUGGCUCC